AUGAGCGACAAGUGCCGUGUCCUUGCAAUUCGUAAGAACCCCGAAGCCCCGCGUCCCUUCUCCUCCCACAUUCCCAGCUGGCAUUCACACGGUAAACAUUCACACAUUCAGGCAUCCACACGUCCAAUUACACCUACACAUUCACACAUCCACACGCCAUAUUACACCUGCACAUUCACACAUCCACACGCCCUAUUACACCUACACAUUCACGCAUCCACACGCCCUAUUACAUCUACACAUUCACGCAUCCACAUGCCCUAUUACACCUACACAUUCACGCAUCCAUACGCCCUAUUACACCUACACAUUACGCCCUAUUACACCUACACAUUCACGCAUCAUACGCCUAUUACACUACACAUUCACGCAUCCACACCUCUAUUACACCUACACAUUCCACAUCCACGCGUACACAUUCACGCAUCCACACGCCCAAUUACACCUACACAUUCACACAUCCACAUGCCCUAUUACUACUACACAUUUACAAAUCCACACGCCCCAUUACACUUACACAUUCAGGCAUCCACACGCCCAAUUACACCUACACAUUCACACAUCCAUGCGCCCAUUUACGCCUACACAUUCAUAGAUCCACACGCCCUAUUACACCUACAUUCACACAACCACACGCCCCAUUACACAUACACAUUUGAGCAUCCACACGCCCAAUUACAUCUACACAUUCAGGCAUCCACACUCCCAAUACACUAUAUAUUCACGUAUCCACACGCCCAUUUACACCUACACAUUCAUAUAUCCACACGCCCUAUUACACCUGCAUAUUCACGCAUCUACACGCCCAAUUACACCUACACAUUCACACAUCCACAUCCCAACCACGCCUACACUUCAUACAUUCACACAUCCACACGCCCAAUUACACCUACACAGUCACACAUCUACACGCCUUAUUACACCUACACAUUCACGCAUCCACACUCCCUAUUACACCUGCACAUUCACACGCCCAAUUACACCUACACAUUUACACAUCUACACGCUAAAUUACACCUACACCUUCAAUUCCUCUUAAAGGCGGUGUUACCCGAGAAACCAGGAGCCUUUCGAUUUCGCAAUAUUUUCAACAUUUGUGUCUAA